UCUGUUUUGUCCUAGAUAAACAAAGGUAGGUACAACAGUUGUGUAGAAUUACGAAAGUACCACUUCAGUGCAUAAGUGAGCGUGCAACAGAGUUAGCGUAUCUAAUUUUGGUCCUCUCUCUCACUGCGCUUCCCUUCGCUCUAAUGUCUAAGCUAAACCAAAAUGAUGCUAAUCAUGAGAGCAUUAAGAAUGAGAUAAAGAAACAUGAAGAUAACCUUAAAUUCCUUAAUUCUCAAUCAAAUCGACUAGCCGAAUCAAUACUUGACUUACAAGUGAGUCUUGGAAGGUACCAUUCGUGUAGUGUAAUUACACCAGACAAUGAAAGUGGUUCAUCUAAUACCGAGGACGAUACAGCAGAACAGAUAUUGAAGAAAGAGAAUUCAGCUGCUGGCAUAUUCUGUUGGCUGAAAGCCAAUGCUCAGACAUCGAAUUUGGCUUUGGAAAAGGAUGCUGUGGGAGUUGUGGCAACCCUUGCCAGGGUUGAGAGCGAUGAACUUAGCAGGAUCCUCUCUGAGUAUUUGGGAUUGCAGACCAUGCUUGCAAUUGUCUGCAGUACUAAUGAAGGUGUUAAUGCAUUGGAGAAGUACAACCCUGAAGGCACAAUAAACUGUAAUGCAGGCUUACAUGGAAUUGGAUCUUCAAUUAAAAGGAAAGUAAAUGGCCGAUUUGCUGUCAUAUGUCUUGAAGCUUUCAGACCAUAUGUUGGAGGUUUUGUAGCCAAUGAUCCACAAAAGAAGUUGGCUAUUCCAAAGCCAAGAUUUCCAAACGAGGAGUGCCCGGCUGGGUUCAUUGAUUAUGCAGUGAACAUGCUCUAUUUAGAGUCCAAUAACUUAUCUUUUGUUACUUCUAGUGGUCACGGUCUUAGAGAGACACUAUUUUAUGGCCUUCUCUCUGGCCUACAAGUAUACAGAACCCGAAAUGAAAUGAUGUCUGCUCUCCCAUGCAUUGAUGAAGGAGCUGUGUCAUUAGAUGGUGGAAUGAUCAAGAAAAAUGGAAUGUUUGUUCUUGGUAGUAGGAAAGAUGUAGAAGUGAAGUUUGGUAUAGUUUCGGGAAGAAGUGGUGUGGUUCCUCCAAAUUAUAGUCAAGCUGAAGAAGUGGUGAGGAGGCUGAAAUGGGAAAGCACCAAGCUUGCUGAAGACAUACAAAGAGAGCAGCAACUAUUGGACCAUUUGAAGGCAAAGUCCGCAGACAAAGUAGCUUGAAAAACUCUUGUUUAUUACAUAGAGCUGUUUAUUUGAGCUACGUGGUUGCAUAUAACCACAUCCAGUUGUGUGUGCAUUAGCAGUUAAGUUUACCGCAUGAUGAUUUUGUAUUUAGAUUCUCUUUUUGAAGUUGUACUAACAUUUGCUAAUGAACCAACACCUGACUUCUUACCAUGUCCAGUGUUCAUUAAUUAUACACUUAUCCUCCAA